UUUUUUUUAUUUUUUUGGAUGUUUAGGGCAUUGACAAAACUAAUUGACGCUUCUUCUGUUUCAAAUAAAUUAAAUAUUGCAAAUAUGAGUCAAUAUACAAUUGCGGAAUGUGGUUCUCGUAAUUCUUUGGAUUAUCGAAUUUUUAUUAAAGGACCAACCGGAAAUCUUGUUUCGCCAUGGCACGAUAUUCCUUUGUAUGCUGAUCCUGUAGCGAAAAUAUUUAAUAUGGUUGUUGAAAUACCUCGUUGGACUAACGCAAAAAUGGAGAUGGCAACAAAAGAGCCGAUGUCACCAAUACGUCAAGAUGAGAAAAAAGGUUUACCACGUUUUGUUAACAAUAUAUUUCCUCACCAUGGAUAUAUUUGGAAUUACGGAGCCUUACCUCAAACAUGGGAAGAUCCAAAUCACGUGGAUGCACAUACUGGGGCUAAAGGAGAUAAUGACCCGAUUGAUAUUAUUGAAAUUGGUUCGAAAGUUCAAGAAAGAGGGUCUAUUGUGCAGGUGAAGGUUCUUGGAACUUUGGCACUUUUGGAUGAAGGCGAAACUGAUUGGAAGUUGGUUGGAAUUAAUAUAAAAGAUGACUUGGCGUCUAAAUUAAAUAGUAUUAAUGAUGUUGAAUUGUACAUGCCUGGACUUUUAUCUGCAACACAGGAAUGGUUUCGUGUUUAUAAAAUACCAACUGGAAAGCCUGAAAAUAAAUUUGCUUUUAAUGGCGAAUUUAAAGAUAAAGAAUUUGCACACAAAAUUAUUGAGGAAACAAAUGAAUUUUGGAAAAGUUUAAUUGCAAGUAAUGAAACGGGAGGUUUAAACACUGAAUGUCUUGUUCCUGGAGCUGCAUUUCCCGCUAAUCAACAGAAUUGGACAAGUCUUUUUGAUAAGCAACCGAAGAAAGGAGAGGAAAAGGCAAUUCCGGAAAGUGUCGACAAUUGGUAUUAUAUUACUUUAUCUGACAAAUGA